GAUCCGCUGGGCACAGGGAGGGGACAGGGAUGGGUUGUUUUUUCUCCCCCGCCCGCCCCGAGACCUGAGGAGAUGCAGCCCAAGUUCGCCGCGAUGACUCUGCUGCUGGCACCGGGGUUUCUCCGCGGCAUCGCAGCCUCCGGACCGCCUGAAUCCUGCUCCCUCUGAAUCCUCGGCGCCGGGUUAAAGCUCAGUUCUCAUGUUGUGGUUGCUGGGCUGCCGCGCUCCCCUGUUUUGCGAUGGGAGGUGGAGGAAAAGGGAUUGUCCGUGAGUCAACACCGAAAACGUGAUUAGGAGGAACUGCUUUCACUAAUCUGUUUCUAACCUUUCAGUCUAUAUUGGCCUGUGACCCCUCGCAGCUUUCACAUCCAGCCUGAUCAGACCACAACACUGGUCUCCCUAUGGAAGCAGCUGUUUGUAUCUGGCAUUGAGGUCCCAUGGAGAGGCUGAGGAGGGGSAUGGCUCUUCAUAUCCAUGAAGCCUGGAUACUUCUGUUUGUGCUCCCUGGUUUGGUCACUCCAGCUGCCAUCAAUCAUGAAGACUACCCCGCUGAUGAAGGGGACCAGACCUCCAGUAAUGACAAUCUGAUCUUUGAUGAUUACCGGGGGAAGGGCUGUGUGGAUGACAGUGGCUUUGUGUACAAACUGGGAGAACGUUUUUUCCCGGGGCAUUCCAACUGUCCCUGUAUCUGUACUGAGGAUGGACCUGUUUGCGAUCAACCAGAAUGCCCUAAAAUCCACCCAAAGUGCACAAAAGUGGAACACAAUGGRUGCUGUCCAGAAUGCAAAGAAGUGAAAAACUUUUGUGAAUAUCAUGGGAAAAAUUACAAAAUCUUGGAGGAAUUUAAGCCCUCGCCAUGCGAAUGGUGUCGCUGCGAGCCCAGCAAUGAAGUUCACUGUGUUGUAGCAGACUGCGCAGUCCCCGAGUGUGUCAACCCAGUCUAUGAACCAGAGCAGUGUUGUCCUGUCUGCAAAAAUGGUCCCAACUGCUUUGCAGGCACCACGAUAAUUCCCGCUGGCAUCGAGGUGAAGGUGGACGACUGCAACAUCUGCCACUGCCACAACGGGGACUGGUGGAAGCCGGCGCAGUGCUCCAAGCGCGAGUGCCAGGGCAAGCAGGCUCUGUAGCAGCAGCCCCCAGCCAACAGCUCAUGGUGAUGGUGAUGAUGGUGAUGAAGGAACGGCUUCGAUGCUGCCCAUGCGCCCGACCUCCCACCAGCUGCAGCGGGGCCAGCAGCAAGCCCUGCGAGGGUGCCACAUGAGCAGAGAUUUGUACCCGCGGGGAAGGGUCCCCCGUGCCCCCUCCUGCUCUUCUCCCACUUUCCACACCCUGUGCCCGGUGUCCCGGUGUCUGCUGCGCUGCUGUAACUCAGUGCUUGGCAGGGAUGCGCUGCUCGGACUGGGGGAGGACAACAGCAACCAGUCCAUGCACCUUCCUGGCCUGGCGAGGCCUCCGAGAUGCUGAUCGAUUCACUGCUCUCACUUUCUACAGUGUGGAUCGUGGGGUUUUUCACGUUUAUUUAUUUGAGGGUUUUUUGCUAUUGUGAUUUUUUUUUUUUAAAGCCUCUUCCUAAGCUGGGAUCGUCAGGACAAUACAGCUAUGAGUGGAGCAAUAGGUGGAGCAUUUUUAUUGUGUCUGUAMGCGCAGGUGGCACUAAGGACAGGAGGGAGGUAGAAAUUAAAAGAGAUGGGGAGGGUUAAAAAAAAACCCAGCUGGAAUGUAACCUGCAGCAGGACCGAGGUAGAUGCACAAGUAUAGACYGGACAGCCAAGACACAAAGCUGUAUCUGUGUUACACUUUCUCCACUGAGUGGGGACAAUAAAGUCAAAGACACCUACACAGUCACCGKGACCUUGAUGGGAGCAGAGCCCCCAGCAGCUGCGUGGGCAGGCUGGGGCAGCCAGCCAGAAGGUGCUCCGUGAAAGCAGCAUCUUACCUGGGUUGUCUGUGUGUGAUUCCUGGCUGGGCCAUCAGUGGUGGGGCAGAGGGAGGAGGGUCCCAGCUGUUCCUGSUUCUCAGGCUGAGCGUGUGCUCACCUGCCGUGCCCCAUGCCAACGCUGCUCUCGCUGGAGCCAAGGGUGGUGUUUCAUUGCCUUCAGCGACAGCAGGUCACAAUUCAAGUACGGGAUCCCCCCACUCUCAAGGUCUCCAGGAAGGUCCCGUGGCUGUGGCAGCACUUAACUGGCUCAGCUGGCAGGUAAGACCCUUUGCUGUGGCGAGAGGGAGCCGCCCUGGCUGUCCCUGGGAGCAUCCACACUGCUGGGGAUGGAGCAAGCUACGGUGCAGUGGUUCUGGGGUGAGCUUCUGGUGAGUGAGAGCUCUCUCUAGAAAGCAGCUGCUUUCUGUGCCUGCCCUGCCAGGAGCAGAGUCCCCAUGGAACCCCCAGCAGCUGAGGGUCCCYGUCAGGCUUUUUAACACUGACAUCUCCUGCUUUCUCAGGCUGCAGCUUCCAAGCAAAACUGUGAAAGAAAAGCCACCACUGUCAUCUCCCUGCCCUGUCUGCCCAGGCUUUCCCAUCACUGUCCAUGCUUGGUUCCCUGCUUUUUCGUCAUGAGAGUGGUGGUGCAUAUUUUGUUCAGAGUUCAGACUCCAGUCCAGCACUUUCUCGACAGCGAUGGCAGCAAAUCCUCCCCACAGCAUCCUCACCAAGUGGAUCAGCACAUCGGGCUCGGUUUAUACACUCUGUUGCCUUUCUACUUUUAUUUGUUCUCCAUUCUGGUGUUUUUCUGGAGGGCAGGGGUGCAAUGAGUGCUGUCCUGUGGCUGAGCAUUGGCUCCCUGCAGGCUGAGCUGGCAGCGUACGAGACGUCAUCGCCAUUUCUUUGUAAGCUGUUGCCUGUCAAUGACUAUCCAGUUUCAAAACUUUCAAACAAUAGUGUGCCUGAAACUAGUGAGAAAAAAAAAUCUGUAAAAAUGGGAGGGGUCCUAGAAACAAUAUUUGAUGUGUAAAAGACUAUAUUAUUAAAAAAUUAUUUUGUUAAAUAUAAAGUGUGUGAACCAGCAAA